CUUGCAGUGACGCGGGCCCCUCACGUGACCCGGAGCUGCAGAAAGACGCCUUGGGUACAGUCGUCAUUCACGUCUGGCCUCCAGGUCCGUGCGUCCCUGUUCUCGGCGGGCUGGCAUCGGGCCCUGGGCGAACGGAGCAGGUCUACUAGCCGAGAUUCCAGGCGACUCUUCUAGCAGCGGGAAUUGAAAAGAGGACUACUUGACAAGGGAUAGGCCCAGGAGCAAUGGAGUCCAAAGAUCAAGGAGUCAAAAAUCUCAACAUGGAAAAUGACCAUCAGGAAAAGGAGAAAAACGAAGAAAAGCCACAAGAUGCUAGCAAAAGGGCGCCAGCUGUGGCCCUGACUUUCGAAGCUGGCGAAUAUAGUGUGCCUAGAGGCAGUCGCAGGUGGUUCCGAGUUAGGCCGCCCAUCGUGCACUAUAGAUGGGACCUGAUGCAUAGGGUUGGAGAGCCCCAGGAAAGGAUGAGAGAGGGUAAUGCGGAAAGGUUUGGGGAGGACGUGAGAAGGCAGCUCAUGGAGAAGUUAAGGGGAAGGCAGCUGAGCCAUAGUCAGCAGGCGGUUAGCACUGACCCGCCUCACCAUGGCCAUCAUGAUGAGUUUUGCCUUAUGCCCUGAGUCCUGAGGUUUUUUUCUCAAGUUAAUAGGGGGACUCCUGCUUCCAAAACUUACAUUUUGUGAUGUACUGCUGUAAAAUUUUUGAGGUUACUUAUUCCCCCAUGGGUCUCCACUUCUGCCAUCUUUUAAUUGAAACCUGUGUUUUUGGAUCAGUCUUUUGUUGUUAUUAGCAGAAUUUAUCUAUGCUCAUUAUAUAUUGUGAAGCUAAUAAAGCAGACUUAAAAAGCAA